GCCCCUGCCCCUGCCCCUGCCCCUGCCCCCGCCCCCACCGACGGCGCGGAGCACAGUGCGCACCUGUGGGCUCGUUACCAGGACAUGCGGAGACUGGUGCACGACCUUCUGCCCCCUGAGAUCUGCAGCCUUCUGAACCCAGCAGCCAUCUACGCCAACAAUGAGAUCAGCCUGCGUGAUGUCGAGGUCUACGGCUUCGACUAUGACUACACGCUGGCCCAGUAUGCAGAUGCAUUGCACCCUGAGAUCUUCAAUGCUGCCCGGGACAUCCUGAUCGAGCACUACAAGUACCCAGAAGGGAUUCGGAAGUAUGAUUACAACCCCAGCUUUGCCAUCCGUGGCCUCCACUAUGACAUUCAGAAGAGCCUUCUGAUGAAGAUUGACGCCUUCCAUUAUGUGCAACUGGGAACAGCCUACAGGGGCCUCCAGCCUGUGCCAGAUGAGGAGGUGAUCGACCUAUACGGGGGCACCCAGCACAUCCCACUGUACCAGAUGAGCGGCUUCUAUGGCAAGGGCCCUUCCAUCAAGCAGUUCAUGGACAUCUUCUCACUGCCAGAGAUGGCACUGCUGUCCUGUGUGGUGGAUCACUUCCUGGGCCACGGUCUGGAGUUUGACCAAGCACACCUCUAUAAGGACGUGACGGAUGCCAUCCGAGAUGUGCAUGUGAAGGGCCUCAUGUACCAGUGGAUUGAGCAAGACAUGGAGAAGUACAUCCUGAGAGGAGAUGAAACAUUUGCAGUCCUGAACCGCCUGGUAGCCCAUGGAAAACAGCUGUUCCUCAUUACCAACAGUCCUUUCAGCUUUGUGGAUAAGGGCAUGCGGCACAUGGUGGGUCCUGAUUGGCGCCAGCUCUUCGAUGUGGUCAUUGUCCAGGCAGACAAGCCCAGCUUUUUCACUGAUCGUCGCAAGCCUUUCCGAAAACUGGAUGAGAAGGGCUCACUCCACUGGGACCGGAUCACCCGUCUGGAAAAGGGCAAGAUCUAUCGUCAGGGAAACCUGUUUGACUUCCUGCGUCUGACAGAAUGGCGAGGCCCACGAGUGCUCUACUUUGGUGACCAUCUCUACAGUGACCUAGCGGAUCUCAUGCUGCGACAUGGAUGGCGCACAGGCGCCAUUAUCCCCGAGCUGGAGCGAGAGAUCCGGAUCAUCAACACAGAGCAGUAUAUGCACUCGCUGACCUGGCAGCAGGCACUCACGGGGCUGUUAGAGCGAAUGCAGACCUACCAGGAUGCAGAGUCAAGGCAGGUGCUAGCUGCCUGGAUGAAGGAGCGGCAAGAGCUGAGGUGCAUCACCAAGGCCCUGUUCAACGCUCAGUUUGGGAGCAUCUUCCGCACCUUCCACAACCCCACCUAUUUCUCAAGACGCCUUGUGCGCUUCUCUGACCUCUACAUGGCCUCCCUCAGUUGUCUGCUCAACUACCGCGUGGACUUCACCUUCUACCCACGCCGCACACCCCUGCAGCACGAGGCACCCCUCUGGAUGGACCAGCUCUGCACCGGCUGCAUGAAGACACCCUUCCUUGGAGAUAUGGCCCACAUCCGCUGAAGGCACCUUUAUUGUCCAUGACAAACCCCCUCAGUUCCUCCAGUGGCAUCCACUCUGGGCAACCAUGAGACAAGCAAUAAAAGUGGUCUUCUUCGUCCAUGUGC